UUUAAUUAGAUCUAGUUAAAUUAAAUUAGAUAGAUCUAUCUAUUAAAAAAAAUUGAAUUACAUAGACUAUAAUCCAGGGGUGGGCAAAUUACGUCCCGUGGGCCACAUGCAGCCCGCUGAAGUGUUUUAUGCGGCCCGCUAAUACCUACAGAAAUCAUGUGUACCCUCAGUUAGGUACUUCAACAGACGCUAUUCUCACGCGCCACGAGACUGCGUGAGAAUUGGUCCUCCAUAUUCGGGCGAGUAUCGUCGUUAUCGCCGGUAAACUAAUUAAAGCGUAAUUUUUUAUUUAGUAAUCGAUACUAAUUGGGUGUCAUCUGAAUCAGAAAGAAAAGCCGAUUAUUUUGAUACCAACUUUACCCGCGUGGUUUUGUUCGUUCUUUUUCUUGGACCUGUUGAAAAUAAGCUCUUUGCCUUUGGAAAUGACUUCAUCACCUGAUUUGGAUAGCUUCAUUUCUACUUUUGCCAAUGAUGCUGAAAAGGGAACUGUCAGGAAUGGGUAUGCCCUUUUUUUGUACCGACGGAAUGAGUCCGAUUUGAAAGUAACUGCUACACAGAUUGAUCAACUUUUGCAGAAGAGGGAUAGCAGUUACACAUCAAAGCAGCUGACAGUAUUGCAGAAUCUCAAGUAUAUGAUGAAUCAGAUAAAUUCCUGGAAAAGGCGGUUGAGCUCCAACUGGAUGCGGAUUCAAGACCUUUUGGAACGUCCUGUGCAAGUGCCAAGAUCAAGAAAGAAGCAGAUGCCCUCAACCAGUUUGGCUGAAACAGAAGAUGUGCUGGAAGAUGUAGACCAUGCUCAAGAGAUCUCGACUCCUGUUCAGAAGCUACGGAACGAUUGUGAACGAUGUGAGACAACAAGGCAAGAAUGGAUAGAUAAGUAUAAUGUACUGGAUAGUAAGUUGAAGAAGAUGAGGGUAAGUUUCAAAUCUCUUUCUGGACUUUAUAAAGUUAAGCUUGUAAAUAGAAUGAAAAACAGGAAAAAUGAGGUGAUACGGAAAUUGAGGCAAGAAAAUCAAAGAUUGAAAGUAGAACUAAGAGUGGCCAAAAAGUUUAAACCUAAAACAUCUGUUGUAAAUAAAUCUUAUUAUAAAGAAAAACUUGUAUUGUCUAGGAAGGAGUUGAAAAAUGUUAAGGAUAAAGUGAACAGAAUGGUGGCUAAGCUAAGACAGUUAGAGGAACAAAGAAAAGAUUUUGAGUUGGAUACCACCAGACUAGAGCAUGUAGAAAAAGAUGUUGAGUGCCUAAAAAAGCCUAAAAUGUUUGACCCUUCCACUAGGAAAUGCAUAUAUAGCUGUAUUUUGCAUCAGGUUCCGUUUGAGAAAACUUGUUCAUUAAUUAAAUUUAUUGUCCAUGAACUAACAGGAAUCUCUUUCACAGCUCUACCAUGUACUGGGACUAUAUCUAAUAUGGCAUUAGAGCUAGGAAUCCUCUCUGACCUUCAAGUUGGUGAGCUAAUGUUUAAAGAAAAUGAGUUAACACUCUCAUGGGACUCGACACCACUUGAUGGUCAGCAAAUUAAUUCCUGCCAUAUUUCCUCAAAGCAUCAGAACCUGACUCUGCAAACUUUUGGAAUGCCUGGCGGAACAACAGAGGAUUAUCUAGAGCACAUCCUAAAUGCCAUACAUGAUAUUGGUUGUCAGUACUCUACCUACCAUGGAAUACAGCAACAUAUUGUACUGUACACUUUAUUCAAAUCUUUGCAGGCAACAUUAACUGACAGAGCCAAGGUGAAUAAGUGUGUGUCUGACAAGCUGGAAGAAAUGGUUGAUAGGAAGCUAGUGCAGUUGAAAUGUUUCUUGCACCCUUUAGAUGGAAUGGCUUCUGAAGCCCGGAAAGAGCUUAAAAAGUUGGAUGUCGAUUGGAGUGUCAGUACCUCAUUGUAUGGACAUGAAGGCUCUGCAGCUAAUCUUGUUCAUGCCCUGUCAAAGUUAAGAUACAAGGAGAACUCAAGAGACCCCAAAGGCUUUAAGGCAUAUCUGCUGAGGGAAGGUCUUAAAAAAACUUACAUUCCUCGAUAUGUUGGAAAUAGAUUGCACGUUUUAUUUCUGCUUGCUGGGAUAAUCUACAAGAUUAAAGAUUCCUUGGCAGUCUAUUUAGAAAAGUUCUGCAAGUCUAUGAAACUAAGAGAGGCAAUAGAGAAAGAUUUGACCAACCCAGAUGUAAUGGUGCAGAUAAGAGUCUUAGGUCUUUUUGGGAAGCUCUUGACGGGUCCAUGGAUGAAACUAUUUUACAACAAGUCCAGUGGUUUGAGAGAACUGAGCCAUUUGGAAAUGACCCCUUUUGUGAGACGAAGCAUCACUACAUUGAAGGAGCUUCAACUAAAUCCUGCUUCGAUCCUCACCCUGGAGUUUGAUGUUUUCGGACACCCCUUACUUGUUGAUGAUGUGCUUGUUGUGCUAAGGGAUGUGGAGCUUCAGCCUGGAGAACGGUUCUUUAGGACAGUAUCUGUCUUAGCGUCAUGUUUUGUUAGGGUUCUAGAAAGGCAGUUAGAUGACUAUCUAACAGGGGAUCUGGCUAACCCGACGGAAGCUAUGAUGCUACAAACAUCAUCUGCCCCUUUACAUAACAUUCAUAGUGAGAGGGUGCUGGGGAUGGUAGACAGUCAAUUUCACAGGGCCCCUAAUGCUUCUUUUGGUUUCGUUGAUGCCAAGGUUAAAUGCCAAGCCAACAAAACAAUGGACUGGUUGCUGGCAAAACCUGUUAAGGAGCAGGGCAGCUUAAUAAAAUUUGCAGUAAGGCAGGCUAGGAAGCAGAGAAAGGUUUUAGAGGAGAGGGUGCAAGUUAUGGGCAAGACUAUAAUGUCUAGACAGAUUGUUAUAGGUCAGAAAAGGGAUAAGACAGAAAGGAAAAAGGUUGAGAAAAAAGUUUUGGGGUGUUUAGAGAAAGAUGCAGGAUUUGGAAAUGAUAUUUUUGUUGCUCUUUCCACAGAGACCAAGCUAAUAUUGUCUUCCUUGCUUUCAGAAAGAUUUGACUGCCUUCCUCUGUCUAUCAGACAUGUGUGGGAUGUUGAUGGGAAAGAUCAAGUGUUUGAUGGAAAGAUAGUCAUAUAUGUGAAGAAAGGGCAGAAGAAGUGCUGCAGGAUUGUAUGGGACAGCGAAGGCCAGACAGACAUCCCUACAACUCAAAUUAUUACAGAUGUUGUUAUGGGAGAUUUCCAUUUUGUAUAGUUGUAUUUGAAUUUGUUUUCUAUUUUAUUUUGUUUCAUUUUAAUUUUAGUUUUAAUUUUGUUUUGUUUUCGUUUAAUUUUAUUGUUACAGUAUUAACCAUUUUUAAUAGAAAAAAAAAUAUUAUUGGAUUUAUCUCAAAUUCUAUUAAAUUAAUUGAACACUCUUUUAAUUCAAUCAAAUUUAAAUUAGCUAUCUAUAGUUGUAAUACCAUGACUUUUUAAAUAAACUUUUAGAAAUUUCAAAUAAUAAUUACCUAAAUCAGUAUAUAUUUUCAACCAUUUCUUAUUCAUACUUUUUGUUUUUGUUCAUAUUUAAUAUUAAUUUAAAAUAUAUAAAAUAAAUCUACAGUAUUUAUAGUAAAAAGUAAAAGAAUUUUUAAUUAAAUCAUAGCAAUUUAAAUUAUUGAUAAGGGUUUUUUUUUCAUUCAAUGAUAGCAUUUUAGAAAAUAAUUGUAAAAAUAUUUUUCUUAAGAAUAGUGUUUUUUUUUAUAGAUAUAAAUAGUCUGUUUAAACCCUUUUGUUAAUAUAUGUAUUUAUUUCUGAGAAUUAAAAAAAAAAUAGCUAGGAAACAUUUUUAGCUUCAGUGUACAAUUUUUGGAUUAUUUUCCUUCCGACAUGUAAGUACAAAGUUUUUUAAAAAGUAUUUCUUAUAAGUAUUUUAAACAUUUUUACUAUUCAUUUUGUUGCUAUAUGUAUGAUCUAUGUCUCCUGAAAAUUUGAAAUAAAAAUAUUGAAAAAUAAAAAAGUUAUUCAAAUUUUUGUAGCUUCUGCGCAGAAUUUUUGGAUUAUUUUCCUUCAGACAUGUAAGUACAGAAUUUUUUAAGAGUAUUUCAUAAAAGUAUUUAAUAAAGCUUUACUAUUCAUUGUAUUGCCAAAUGCAUGAUCUACGUCUCUUGAAAAUUUGAAAUAAAAAUAUUGAAAAAUAAAAAAGUUAUUAGAGUUUUCCUUGAAAAUUAACAAAAUUGGGUACCAAUUUUUUUUUUCCGCAACAAAGGCAAAUAAGAAAAAAAAAAAAAUAGAAAAAAAUUCGUAACUUUUUUUCUAUUCAAGUUAGAAAAAUAACUUAAACACUUUUAGAAAUGGGAUGGCAAGCUCUACUAAAUGGAAUGCAUCAGAAUGCAAUCUGAGUAGUUUAAAUUUUUAUGUUGAAGUGCCUACCUCAGUAAGAGUCAGUAUAUAAUAUAGUAUAUACUACUAUAUACAUAUAAAAAUGCUAAUCUAUUAAAAAUAAUUAUAAAUUUCCCUUGAAAUUAUCGAAACUCUCAUUAUAUAAAGUCAAAGACACAAUCUCAGGCCAGUAUUUCUUCAAUGCUUUUAAGAACUGUGUUGAGUGUUGGGUAUGAUUGGAACAAGAUGGCAAGUGUAACAACUGAUGGAGCUCGAUCUUUGACUGAGAAAAACUUUUUUUUUUGAGAAUAUCCCAACCAUAAACUCUAAACAGAAAAGUUUGCACAAAGCUGCAUGAAUUCUCUUGCUAUUAUGCGAAGGACAAAUACCUAAUAAAAACAUCAGACUCAUGGUCAUAAUCACAGGCAGUAUAGAAAAGUACUUGUAGAUAUUUAAACUAAAUAUUCCGAUGCAUCCGCUGGCUUAGCAUGGGAAAGGUAAUGAGAAGAAUAUAAAUUCUCAAAGAAGAAAUGUCCAUAUUCUAAGAAGGAUAUUUAUUGUGACUUUGAAACUAAUAUAAUGAAGAAUGGAAGACAUUUUAUGUUUUUCAUGGUAGCUAUUGCAAUGGGCUGCUUGCUUAUGUAAUGCAUGUUAAAUCUUUUCAAACAAGGCUUUCCAAUUUCUCCAGGCCAGCAGGGGAGAAUAGGUUUUGUAAUUUUAUUGCUAACUCUAGUAAUUCCUCAAUUUGGAAUGUGAAAAAAAGGAGAAGUGAAUGUAUAAUACAGUAUAAAUAUGAAUUAAAAGACAUUAUACAGUUAACUAGCGUAUUUUUCUAAGUUGUAAGUAUACACACACACAAACAUAUAUUUAUAUAUAUAUAUAUAUAUAUAUACAUAUAUGCGGCCCCCCAUUCCCAAAAUUUUGUUAAUGCGGCCCUUGAUACAAAAAGGUUGCCCACCCCUGCUAUAAUCUAUAGUAGUUUAUUUAUUUAUUUCGGACAUUACAUGAAUUCGGACAUUCGCUGUUUUUGUGGUCAUUAAAUAAUUAUUUUAAUAUUUAUUAUAAAACUAGUGCGCUGUAUAAUGUGCUUGUCCAUUUUCCAAUGAUUCUGACCCAAUGUCCUUCCAUUUAGCUAUCUUUUUAUGUAAGAAAAACGAAUUUCAAAUAAAUUUUUGUUAGUCAGGUUGUUGUUUUUUCCUAUGUUACCCGGAUGACUUUACCUGUUCCUAAUUAGCCCAGCAAUAUUUAUUCUGUUUUUGGAGCUGUUUUAUUUGAUUCAUAAGCCAAGUUGUCUAAUUCCAUACAAAAAAAAAUUAAUAGGGUGUCCGAAUUAAAUUACGAUUUUCUAACAAAAUUUAUUUCAGACAGCCAGUUUUGGACAUCAAUAAAAAUGAUCUUUAUUAUAUUAUAUUUGUUUGUUUGUUGUUUUUUUUUUUAAUAGAGAAUAAAUGGGCAAAUGUUUGGAGUGAGCUUGGUACAUUGAAUGAAGUUAAAUGCUUAGAUCUAGACUAUUCUAGACAUACUAGAUAGAUCUAGAUUUAUAUAGAGAGAAUAUAGAGGAUUCAGUUAGGCAAGAAUGGCUAUCCUAACCUGUACUAUACUACAAAAGAUCAUCUGUAUUAGAAAUUUAUUAAAUUAAUAAACAAAAAAGCACAAAUAUUCAACACACAUCUAAUCAUGCAAACCCCAAACAUUCAACACACAUCUAAUAAUGCAAACAUAAAAUGUAAGUCUAAAAGUCGGUGCAGAAGUCACUAUCCCAGUGACCUAAUUUUGGUAGAAAAAGUAUGUUCAUAUUUUUAUAUUUUGUGUUCAUAUUUAUGCAUAGUUUGAAAACAUCUUAAUGAUUUCAUGUGAGGGGCUAUGCCUGAGGAUCUUAAAAUUUAGUUAAUGUUAAUAUAGAAUUAAAAUCUGAGUUUAUUGAUGCCUAAAUAUAGAGAUUGUCCGAAAUAAAUUAUGGUGUCCGGAAUCAAAUAAUGUGGGUCAAAUUUGUCCGAAUUAAAUGAAAACACAUGGCCUCUUUGACCUUAAAUAUAAUAACAAAUAUAGGUUAGGGGUACAAAUAUAGUAGUCAUCCUUAUUCUCCUUUAACUAAAGAAGAUUUGGGCCUAUAGGUGUCCGAAUAGCAUAAACUAAUCUAGAUCUAAUAAUACUAUUUAACUAUUAAUACUAAUACUCAAUAGUAGAUCUAGAUCUAGUAAUGCUAGAGUCCUAGAGACGUAAACUAAGUCUAAAGUAAUAAAAGAUCACAUUCAUUAUAAUUUUAUAAUUUUUACUAGAAAUUUUCAUCUUCUGAACAAGUUAAGUCAAGUGCUGCCACUGCAAUUUUUAAGUUUGAAUGUUUAUUUUAUAGCUCCAUAAUCAUCAAUUAAUCCUAGAAAAAAACUGCAAACAUUUGACUCAUUUGUAAACUCGUCAUCCGUUUGUCAAUAAUAAUAGAUCUUGUUGUUUUGUUUCACUACAUAUAGCUACAACAAUAAAAUAUAAUAUCAAAGAGAGUCAUGUUAAUGAGGCUAAGCGCUCACAUUAACACCAUUCCCUGCUUUGUAACUUAACUAACGCUCUAAGUACUACAUGCUGACAAACACUUCAUAGUUAUUGUAGUUUAAAAAUGUUAAUUAUCUUGUUCCAAUUUUUUUUAUAUCAAUUUCUUUUUACACCAACUCAAUACAGACAGGCCAGUGUUACUUUUUACACUCUCAUUUGACCCCUACUCUGCUUUUUUACAUUCUCAAUCGCUCCCUUCUUACUAAACCCUAACGUCACAAACUUCUCAAAGGGCCAUAUAUUAUAAUACAUACUGUGGCUUACCUAGUUGACCCCAAAAAAACCUAAAAAAAACUAUGUGACCCUGCACGUCUAGCCUGCUCACUCCACUCAGUGGUUGUGACCUAAUUUGGUACCUGAUUGAUCAAUAAUUGUCCCCCCCCCCUUUUUUUUUUUUUUCAUGUGUAGUACUGUGUUGACUGUUGGUGAUACUAUGCUUAGUACCUACCUAGGAUGGUCAAUCAAUAAUUAGGGCGCCAAGGAGAGACAGAAUAUAAAAAAAAAGGGAGGGAGAGCAGGGUUGUGGCACUCAUAAAAACUUUUUUUUCAUACUCAUAUUAUGUCCAACUCUACCCCUCAUUAGCACUAUGUUUAGCAAUAUUCCCUUUAUUUUUACCCAUUCUCAUCACUCGUGGUUUAACAUAGAAUCUAAUACAAAAACAAAAUGAAGUAAGAAAAUGUUACAAAUUAAAUCCAAAGAAAUGUUCAUUUCCCAGCCUUGAGUUACAUUCCCUUUAUAUGCAUUUUCAACAUUAAUAUAGCGUUUGUUAGUGUCAUUGAUAGUUAUAAAGAACGUUUGUUAAUGUCAUUGAUUGUGACAAACGAAUAUAAUGGAACACCCUAUAUUUACACAUUCUAUGAUAUGCAUGUGUUUCCAUGCCUAUUUAGAAGCAUUCCCUUAACUCUGGACCUACCCUCCUUCUAUCCUAGAGGAAAAAAAAUUACGACUUACCAGUGCACUUUAAGCCCAAGUAAAACCUGUUUCCUUUUUUCAGAGUAAAGGAAACUAAAUGUGUCUGAAUUAUGGAGUAUGUACACCAACAAUAGACUAGUUCUGUCAUAGUCUGUGGGAAGCGUUGUCGAGAGGCCAAGUGCGCUUGAACUUGGCUACCUAGAAGGGGGCUUGAGGUUAGGGUUUGACACCCGACUCAGGCAGAGUUAUGUUUACUGAGCACCUAAAGGCAGCAUGGAAAAACAACUCCUAGAUACUCCCCCCCCCCCCCCAACUGGUCCACAAAAGAGAUUGGACCAAAAGCGCUGUGAGCAUGCUAUAAGCAUGAAAGUAGCGCUAUAUAAAAGCUAUAAUAAUAAUUGUCAUACUAGUCAUAGCUAUCAAAAUAAAGGGUCAUUUUAACAAAUAUUGUGAGGUGUUCGUUCAUAUAAAAAGUAGGGGGUGUGCGGAAGAUUUAGAGAUCAAGACUCUAUAUCUAGUCUAGAAAAAUCUAUUAAAAUAUAGAGUCAAGACUAGAUCUAUAACUCUAGAGUAAGACAGAGUAGAUCAGUGGUUCUCAAACUGUGGUCCUGAGGGACCGCAGAAAGAUGAAAUUAAGCUAAAAUAAUUACUUCGCUAAGAGCCAGUUUAUCUGAUAGUAUUUAUAUAAUUUAAAUAAUAAUCAACUUGCCAUUCACUUCAGUUUUGUUUAAUAUGCCUAUUAUGGACUAUUCUUUGAGGACCAACAAAAUUAAAGAUUUGAAGUCAUUCUUCACUCGGAUAUAGAUCUAUUCCUGACUGGGUAUUGAACCCUUUUACUUUGUGCAUGGACAAACUCAGAUCCCAAUCACAGAUGAAUCAAUACUACUAAUCAAUACUAUUAUUGUUAUUGAAAUAUCCAUAAAUAAAGAACUUAAACUAACGUUUGUUCUUAUAAACAUUGAGCUGGACAUAAAUAUACUCAUACUGAGUCAUGAAUAAAAUCUCAUCUACCUCCAAUCCAAGUCAUUAAUGUUUAACAUUUAUUUUAAAAUAAAAAAAAAAAGGAAUAAUUUCAAUAAACGCUCCUUCAAUAAAAUGUUUUAUUUUUUUUUACAUUAAACAUUUUAAUGCCUCUUCACCAACGUGAUUCUUUAGUCUACCUCCUUGUUAAGGCAGAAAAGAACCAGUUUCUUUGAACAUUGUACUGCUGACGUUAUUUGUGUGAACAGAAUAGGGCUGCUACAAGACACCUUGCUAAACUUGAGGAUGAUCUUAGGACCACAAGCCCAUUACAAACUUGCAUGGUCUACUACAGCUUUUCUCAAGUUGUUGGGGGCACCCCAAAGGAGAGUGUGACAUUUUCUCAUGGGAGGCAUAGCAUGCUGCCCAAUGGGGAGGGGGCAAAGCAUUUCAAAUUAUUUUACAAGGCUAAAAUUAAAAAGUUGUAUUUUCAUUGUAGUUAUCAAUGAACAUUUCAAUAUUAACCCAGUAAAAUGACAUUAUUAUCAAGGUUUAAAAAGUUAAAAUAUUGUAAGCAUAAAGAUUUUAUAUCAUCGGCUUAUAAGGACCUUUUAAAAUGGCUACGACCAUUUUCGUGACAAGCAUUAACAGCAAUAUCGAUUUAAAAACUUUUUGAAGAAGACAUCUUAGAACCUUUCUGCUUACAUGAUUCUUCUUGAUUGGUCAGAAUUGUCAACAUUCUCUCAAUCAAGCGUUUAAAAACAUUGAGUUAAAAUCCUGUGUUUGACAAAAACUAAAACGUUUGCUGCAGGCUUCUUACUUAACAUGAAGUGUAUCUUAACACUUAUUGUUAAAACGUACAUGCACUAUAUGUAUCUCAAACUUUCUUUGCAUAAUAUUUUUGGUCAAAGCUGCCACUUUCUUUAUUAGAAUUAAUUUGAGCGAUUGCUUUUACUAGGAUGAAUAGUGCGCUCAAAUUCCACUAAAAUACUUCAUUAUUGGAAUGUCAGACUCCAUAAUACUUUAACAUUGACAUGGGCUCUUCUUACUAUGGGAAAAAAAUGUGUCUUAGAUGUCAGAGAAAGAAUUUAUGAAGCUCAGAACACUAAUGGCGCUUCCCCAGACUAUAUCACUGGAUACAGAGGGAACCUGAUUCUCUUAUAACUAUCUUCCAAAAAAAAAAUUUUUGUUAUACAAAACACUUUUAAAUAAUCUACAAUGCACAAUUUUUUAAAAAGAAAAAGACUCUACGUUUAGCUGGGCACCAACAGUAAAAGUUUGAGAAACACUCCCAUGCUUUCUUAAUUUAAUUCUAAGGGACUUGCAAUCUUCUUAUUAGGAGAAAUAGUACAAAAGCAAGAUUUAAGGAGGAUGAGUUUCAGAAACUAGGAAAUGUUUAAAAGCGCUUGGCGCCAGGACUCCUCUGUGGGGGCUUUAAGUGCUCCCCCCAGACCAAGGGGACUAAGGAAAACAUACUGUCACGUACACUAUGACCAUAUAUGGUAACAGUUUCGGGUUGUUUGCCGACAUAGCUUGACAUAGCUGGGAAAAAAAACCAAGCAUGAAAUUAAAUGAACUCCAUUGGUUCCGAAAGUUAAUUGUUGUACAUUAGACUGCAAUGAUUGGUUGGUCUGGGAGGGGUAAGUUGUUGAUCACGUGAUUACGAGCUGAAGCCCGGAUGAAGCGUGUAGCUCCCGGCCAGUCUUGUUUUGGAAGUUGUAGUAUUAACAUCUAACUUGUAUGUAACGUGAAAUUGAGAAUAUAUAUCUUAUUUGUAUCAAGACUCAGAUAUACUAUUGUGUAGAUUCAAUUCAAGUACAUUUUAACCAUUGUAACUAUUUGUGAAUAGUGUUUUCAAGUUAUUAAUUAAAGUAAUUGUUUUUGGA